AAUCUAUUUCGACACGAAUGGUUGCUGAAUUGAUGGACAUGCAUGCUUGCCAUGUUUUUGUUGAUUUUUGCAAAUUUGAAAUUUUUUUUGUAAAAAAAAACAAAAAUGUUUAGACCAUAUGAAAUUCUGUUAAGAUCCAACAUGAUCAUCAAUAAUUAUCGUUACUUUUCCAGAAGAAUUGUUCAACAAAAUGUAGUAAGAAUAAUUAAACCUUUGGCAGAUAAUCGAAGACAAACGAUAAACGAUCGUGAUUUUAAUCCACCCGAAUAUUCACGUAAACAUGUGGAUGAAGGUUUUGUUAAUCAAGAUCGAUUUGUGGGAAAAAAUGCUGAUAAUGAUUCGAAGCCAAGCAGCAAAAACAAUGCUGUUUUAAAUAAUGUUCCACCAUUCGAAAGAAAUAGCCGUAUUAAUAAUCAAUUUAGUGAGCAAAUUAUUAAAACAAUUAUGAAAAAAGAUAAAACCAACACUGAAACAGCAUUAUUGGAAGGAAAAAGAAUUAUUAAUGAUGCUAUUGAAAAUAAUUUAAAAAUUACUUACAUAUUUUUUUCAUGCAAAGAAGAUUUAGAUGAUAUAAUCGAUUUAAAACGUUUAGUUGAACAGGAAAAAACAACAAAAUUGAUUAAAGUUACGUAUAAAGAAAUGAAAAUUUAUAGUCAAUUAAAAACACCACCAGGUAUUAUGGCAAUAGUACAAAAACCUGAUCAAAAUGAUUGGAAAAAAAUUAUCGAAAAAAAUACGAAUAUUUUGCCAUUAAUAUUGAUUUGUGAUAAUGUUCGUGAUCCAGGUAAUAUGGGUACAAUAAUUCGAACAAGUGCUGCAGCUGGUAUUGAAAAAAUUAUUUUAACCGAAGGUUGUGUUGAUCAUUGGAAUCAAAAAGUAAUUAAAGCUGGUUCAGGUGGUCAUUUUAAAAUUCCUAUUGAAUCGAAAAUUAAUUGGAAUGAAAUUGCAUCGAAAUUACCUGAAACAUUUGAUUUAUUUGUAGCUGAUGUUAAAAAUCCAUCCAAUUCAACGGAAUCUUCAUAUCAUUCAUAUCAUCAAAUUGAUUAUUUUUCCAAUAAUAAUCGAUCAAAAGUUUUGAUCAUCGGUAAUGAAGCAUUUGGUUUAAGUACAAAAUGUUAUGAAUUUGUUGAUAAAUUUCAUGGUCAUUAUUUAAAAAUACCAUUAUCAAAUAAUUCUGAAAGUUUAAAUUCAGCUAUUGCAUCGGCAAUUGUAAUUUAUGAAAUACGUAGACAAUAUGAAUUGAUUAAUCAGGAAAAACAAAACAAAAAAAUUUGAAUGAAUAAAAAUGAGAUUUUUUUUUUUUAAUUUUUUUUGAAAAAAAUUUGAUUCGAAUUCGAACAUU